GAUUUUUUUGCUUGUAAUUUCUUGGGAGGGGGUUGCGAUGGAGAAGAAGAAGACGGCGGUGCCGCUCGUCUGCCACGGGCAUUCGCGGCCGGUGGUCGAUUUGUUUUACAGCCCGAUCACGCCCGAUGGCUUCUUUCUCAUCAGCGCCAGCAAAGAUUCCAGCCCGAUGCUGCGAAAUGGAGAGACUGGAGAUUGGAUUGGAACCUUCGAGGGACAUAAAGGUGCGGUCUGGAGCUGCUGCCUGGACACGAAUGCUCUACGUGCUGCAUCCGGCUCUGCAGAUUUCUCCGCGAAACUGUGGGAUGCAUUGACCGGGGAUGAAUUGCACUCUUUUGAACACAGGCACAUUGUCCGGGCAUGCGCCUUCUCAGAGGACACUCAUCUCUUGCUAACCGGCGGUGUCGAGAAAAUUCUUCGAAUUUUUGACUUGAACCGACCAGAUGCUCCUCCCAGAGAAGUUGACAAUUCUCCAGGUUCAAUAAGGACUGUUGCAUGGCUCCAUAGUGAUCAGACCAUAUUGAGUUCCUGUACUGAUAUUGGUGGCGUAAGGUUAUGGGAUGUAAGGAGUGGGAAAAUUGUUCAAACUUUGGAGACAAAAUCUCCUGUCACUAGUGCUGAAGUGAGUCAGGAUGGUCGCUAUAUUACCACAGCUGAUGGUUCUACUGUUAAAUUCUGGGAUGCAAACCACUUUGGGUUGGUGAAGAGCUACAACAUGCCCUGCAAUGUCGAGUCAGCCUCGUUGGAACCAAAGCUUGGGAAUAAAUUUAUUGCUGGUGGAGAAGACAUGUGGGUUCACAUUUUUGAUUUCCAUACUGGAGAAGAGAUUGGAUGCAACAAGGGUCAUCACGGUCCUGUCCAUUGCGUGCGAUUUUCGCCUGGUGGGGAAUCCUAUGCUUCUGGUUCAGAAGACGGCACUAUAAGAAUAUGGCAGACUGGGCCCACAAAUAACUUAGAGAAUGAUGCAAAUCCAGGCAAUGGACCAGUAACUGGUAAAGCAAAAGCUGGGGCAGAUGAGGUUACUCGUAAAGUAGAGGACUUACAAAUUGGCAAAGAAGGGAAGGUUGGUGAGAAGGAUAACGCUGCGGACGCAUAAUGUGCUCUUUAGGUUUGAUCUGUCCGUUUUGUCUAUCCUGCAAGUUUCGAGCAUGUGCGUGUGUGAUGCUUGUGCUUUGCAAAUAAAGUGGACAUGCUUUUGAUAAUUUUUAUUCCUCUGCGGUCCUUUUAAAUGGUUCUCCCUUGGAAGCUCGCUGUCUCCUCGUGUUCCUCUUGUAACAGCAGAUAGCGCUGAAGUUUGGGGACUUCAUUUUUUUGCUUUCUGGAUUGUGCUUAAUGAAGAAGUAUCUGGAAUUUUGCUA